AUGUUUCAACAAAAUAUUUUAUACACAGCCUUUUUGGGAACAUCUGUUGCUGCAGGUUGCAUUGUAAGGAGGGCCAGAGGGGAUAUAAAACGCUUCGUUUGCAUGGCUCUCGGACUGACAUCAGCAUUAGUAAUAUGUGGUUCUGAGGUCUGGCACGCACUUGCGUUAAUAGGAGGUUUUGUUAUAUUUUAUUCUCUUGUCAGCUUUAGAUUUAUUCACUACGCUGUAUUUCUGUGGGGAUUCUCAUACCUCAUAUUUUUUCACACUGCUCACUUAUACGGCUUUAGCAAACCAUCUCCUUUGACAAAAAUGUUUCAUCUAUUCACUACUUUAAAAGUCGUUGGAGUAUCAUUCGAGCUGCACGAUACUUGGAGUACUAUUAAUACACUGAAAUCAAAUAAGCGAAACAGUUAUAUCUUACAAGAAACGUCUAACUUAAUGCUUAAAUAUAAGGGGAUACUGACAACACCAUAUGAUGUUGUCAGCUACGUACUUUGCUACAUAGGAAUGCUUACAGGCCCCUACUACACCUAUCGCACAUACAACGAUAUGCUUAAUGGAUGGCCACCACGAGCCCCUGGACUCUCUUUCGGACCGCUUUGGCGGCGACUUCAGGAAGCUCCUUUCUUUGGUGUCACCUAUUUGAUUUGCUCCCAGUUCGUUUCUUUUGAUUCAUACAAAUUGUGGAUGAGAUACCUAACACCACCACUUCACACGCACUUCUUCACUGGGACUGAUCUACGAGAUCCCGAGUUUCAGGAGGGAAGUCUGGUCAGCCGUCUAGUGUAUUUGGGCGCUCUCUUCUUUGUUUACCGCACGCGACUCUACUUUGCUUGGAUCAUGGGCGAAUGCGUCUGCAUGAGUGCAGGGCUGGGUGCCUAUCCAGCCAUUUCUCGUCCCGCUGUUGGUGAGGGACCAACUGAUCUUGUGGCUCUCGACAGGUGGAUGUCACAAAUUGAUCCCAAAGAAAAGGCCGGCAUUCAGCACAUAAAUGAAGACUAUCAUUUUCUCGUGGACGACAUAAACUCAAACAUCAGCGACGACGAUCCUGUAGUAAUUGAGUCACGUUCACACUUUUACAACUACGCGACAGUACAAGCUGUCAGUGCUUGGAAGUGUGAGUUCAGUCCAACCAUGCGUGAGAGUUUCAGAGCCUGGAACCAAACACUCUACUACUGGAUGGAUAGGUACAUCUACCGCAGGUGCUUUGGCCCGUGGUUCAUCCGCUCAGUCGCUACCCUCCUCGUUAAUUCCCUUUGGUAUGGUGUUCAACCGGUCUACUUCAUGGCACACUCAACACUGCCACUGAUUUCGAUGGCGGAGGACGGAAUGGCUACCGCGACGGCUUUCUGCGGGUUUUCGCUGCCCCCUGGAGGGUUAACUUUCCUCAGAUGGUUCUUUCGAAUGCGCUCUCUUGACUAUCUUGCCGCAGGGUGGAUUGUGCUCUCGCUGGAAGAUACGUGCGUUCUAUGGUCUUCCUUGGGCUACUUUGUCCAGGUGAUCGGUUUCUUACUGGCCCUGGUCCACCUUACACUGGGGAAAUUUGUUUCUGCAUUUGAGCGAUGGACUGUGGAGAACCCUGGCGAGGAUGUGGCCGAGAUAACGGCGAGGAAUCUCAGUCAGACGGGCAAGGCUUGGGAGCCUCCUGUUAUUGACACGUAUAUUUAG